GCAGCACCUGCGCCAAUGGAAUCCGAAUUCAAUCUUCAAUCCAAGAUGGUGUUGUAAAUAAAAAGGACACCACUCCUUAAAAUUAUUUAAAAAAAAACAAUCAAAUUUGAGGCGACAAAAACUCGUAAACGAUUUAAAAUGAUCAAAUUAACCUGACCAAUGAAUUGGGCAUUGCCGCUGCUGCUGGGCCUUUGGGCAGCCCAUGGCUGGGCCCAAGAAAAAAUAGCACCAUGCCCAAAUCUGUGUCGCUGCAACCCUGCCAGGUCCAGCAACAAAACAUCAAGUCAAUCGCAGAGCGGGGUCAAACUUCGAUGCGGCGACACACACAAGGUCAACGUCAUUAACGAACUUGACCCGGCAUCCUUUCCUAAGAAUGUGGUCCAUCUUGAUCUCUCUGGCAACUUGCUGAUUGACAUUGGGAAGCCUGCAUUUGCAUUUCUACCUCAGCUCCAGAAAUUAGACCUAAAGGACAACUCAAUUAGGUUUCUGGCCCAGGAAGCUUUCUCUGGCCUGAGCAAUUUGAAACGAUUAGAUCUGUCUGGAAACAAAUUGCAAGAACUUUCUGGAUCUGUUUUCCAGGGAUUGGAAAAACUAGUAACAUUGAAACUCAACAACAACGAAUUAGACCGCAUCGCCGAGGGGGCCUUUGACGACCUGAUUAGUCUAAAGACUUUAGACUUGAGUUCUAAUCCCUUGGUUUGUGAUUGUCACAUGGACUGGCUAGUCAAUUGGAUACGCAAUGAAUCAGUAGAAGUGACUUCUGGCUCUGUGUGUGGCUAUCCGCUGGACCUGCAGGGUGAAGAACUAUCUAAAGUGUCAGGAUUAAUUUGCAGACAUCCAUCACAGGUGAGUCUGGAGAUUCUGCCAGACACAGAUCAGCUGGUGUUUCAAGGAGAUUCCCUUCACAUGGUAUGUCUGCUGGUCGGACCUCCCAGAGAAACGCGGGUUUUCUGGGCAAGGGACGGCCUAGCUGUGACUGAGGUGACGCCCCAGACCAGAUUUCAACCUAAGGAGGGCACAACAGUGAGCUCCCUCAUCAUUGAAAAUCUAGAAAUGCGCCACUCUGGGACUUGGCGCUGCUCUUCUGGCAACCUGAGCCAGUCGCUGGCCAUUACGGUUUUGACAACCAGCGCCAAACUCUGUUCCGCCGAGACGACCGAAGACUUGCGCGGCCGCUACAAUUGGCAGCAAACGUUGACAGGAACCAUCGCACAGGCGCCGUGCCCGAGUCUGCAGGACGCCAGGGCGUCUAGACCGUGCCUCAGUGGUGGCCUCUGGGGCUCUUGGGACUCAAUAUUGUGCCCGUACCUGAGUAACGUCACCAGGGGCUUGCAACAGUUCGCCCUGAUGAGCCCGGCAAACCAAAACGACGCCAAUAACACCCUCUCAGGGCUGCUCAAGUUCACAGGGAAUUUGAGUUUGUUGAGAUCGGCACAGGACUUGGUGUUCGUCGCUACGACCUUGGCCAACCAUCUGAGUAUGCUCGACCCGCACAACAUCGCACCGCUGAUUCUCCGCACGAUGGCACAAGCCACAAUGUUGCCCAAGGACCUUUUGCAGCAGGCACAAUUGCAGGACCAAAGCUGUACCAAAAUGCUUGGCGUGAUAGAAGCAGUUGCGGAACAAACUGCCCAAUCAUUAGACGUCUUGGCAGUUCAAUCGUUUAAAGUGUACAGGAGCAACUUCAACGGUCUUUGGUGCAUUUGGUUCCAACAAGGAAGUGGAACAAGACGCUUGAAGUGUGAUUUUAAGCCACUAGGAAUGGUAGAAGAGGAGGUGAUUGCUGUCAUUCAAAUUCCUUAUACGUUGUUUCGACAUGCGUCACUAAGGAGUGGAAAUCAAGCCCAACUGAUAGUCGUCGUGAUGGAGAGUCCUGCGCUUUUUCCUGAUAACAAUACCAUCACCUCUCCUGUUAUUGGGUGUAAAUUAGUUGGAGAAUCACUUCUGACGCCUUUGUCCUCUGAGUACGUGUGGGUUACGUUAAAAUCGCCAAUCGAUUCGAUGCCGGUGACCUGGGUGGACGGCCGCUGGAGCGAGGCGGGCUGCAAUGUGAGCCACCUGCUGGAGCCCCUGCUGCUCUUCCACUGCAACUCGCUGGGCUACUUUGCGACGCGGCAAGUGGCAGCAAUGGUGCAGUCGACGGAGCUGCCAGCUCUGCCAUCGCGGUUCUCAGACGCUUUUGCGUACGCCUCGUGCCUGGUGCUGGGCGUCUGCCUGGUGGUGGCCGUGAUCACCUACGUGGCCUCUCCGCUCUCCAUGCCGGCGGCCACCAAACACUCUCUGGUCAACACUUGGGUGGCGUUUUUACUGCUCUCGUUGACCUUCAGCUGCGGUAUCUACCUGACGGGCGACCCCCUGGUGUGCAACUCGAUCGGCCUGCUGAUACAUUAUUUCUCAAUGAGCUGCCUCCUCUGGAAGACAGUGACCGUGAGCGACCUGCACAAGCGGCUGACCGCGCACGAGAGCAUCCCCGACGAAGACGAAGAGGAGGAAGGCCCCGUUGCCGGCGGCAAGUCCCUCUUGGGCAUCUACAUGGUGGGCUGGGGCGUCUCAGCUAUGGUCUGCGGCGUCUCGGCAGCCGUGCACCGCUACACCACACCCGAAUACUGCUUCCUGCCGCCCCCCUCAACCGUAUUUGCCGCACUGGUGCCUGCUAUCAUCGUGCUGAUAGUUUAUGGCAUCUUUUGGUUGAUGGCCUACUGUGCCACCAUCCGCAGGGCUCAUGACCCCGUUCCCUCGUCGGCAUCAUCCUCCGCAUCCAUUGACCAAGAGCGGACACCAGAGUCGCAGCUUCUUGCCAACUUGGUCAUAUUACUUUUAUUUUUGGCCGCCUGGGCUACCGCAGCUGCUUCUGUGGCCACUGAGGAUUGGUUUUCACAGGUUCUCUCUGGCAGCCACUUUAUUAUUUGUGUUUCGAUGGGCACGACAAUUCUCCUCUACUUCUGCGCGGGUCGAAGCGACGUCACGGCUGAGUGGAAGGCUUUCACCGACCCCAGGCAGUGGAUUUCGCGAACUUCAGAAAAUUGUCACGGCCAAGCAGUUGCGGACAUGGAAAUGACUGCAGAUCAAAUCACAAUCACCGACCACACAACCGUGACUGUGAUAGAAAAGAGUGAAGUACAAACCGAAGAAGAGCCAGAAGACCAAGCUGGGCUUCUUCGAAAAAUCAAUAGUAUGCGAUCAGAGAUUCCACUGGCAACAUCAACGGUGGUGUCGGAGGACGCAUUCUACGACCCCAGGCAGCUGGGUGUGGCUCGCAAGUUCUUCCGCCGACAGAGAUUGCGUCAAAACUCAGACGCAGAAAGCUUGUUCAGCGGCAAUUCCAAGAUCAACAACACAAACAUACAUCAUCCAAAACUCAACAACAGAAUCAACCUUCAUCCGAAUAUGAUGAAUGUUGAGCUCUCGGUUCAUAAAAACGUUUUUGAGCCAGCGCGAGCGCAAUCUCCAAUGAGCAGCAUUUCAGAGGCGAGAAACUACAAGAGCCGGUACUUAUCCAGAGCGCACAGCGCGGACAACCUUGAGCAGGAAAAGCGCCGCAGACACCGGACGAGGAGGAAACGCAGGCGGAAAACCGAGGAGGUGGGAAACGAGUCUGACCAGAGCAAGCAAGAGACCUGCGUCUGAUUUCAAUCCAUAUUUAGUGAAGACUGCGUAUUUUAUAAUGAAUACUUAUUUUAUUCUCAUUUUGAAAGCCCACCACAAGAGCGUAAUUAUGUGCAUACUUAAGUGACAUUCAUUUUAAGGAUUUUAAAUAUAUCUGUAAUUUCAGAAUUUGAUAAGUCUGGCCAUUGUACCUCUGCCUUUAUAAACAUAGGAUAUUAUGUACAUGCAUUUUAAUUAGAAUUAAAUUCAGCGAUUUGAUUGAAUACAAACUAUUUUUAAC